GUUACACAUUAGCACUGACCUUCCUUCAUUGAAUUCAUUUCAGGUUUUGGCUUAUGUGGAUGGUCUCUCGAAAAAGAUGUUAAACAUUAUUACAGUUAGUAGAUUUUAAAAUGUUCACAAAAAAAGAAAAAAAGAAAAGAUCCCGCCUGAACUUCCUCUGACUGACGUCAGCCUCGCCGCUCCGGACCCCGCGCUGAGAAAAAUGCUGCUCUCCGUACCGCCAAGGACGGGAAUCAACCCCUACAGCGGAUACAACAGCAGGAACAGCAAAAAGCAAGCCUAUGUGUCCUCCAGCCACCAGAUGGCGCUGCUCAGUCUCAACACCAACAGUAGCAGCACCAGUAGUGCGGGAGGUGGGGAACAGCUGAGCAAAACCAAUCUUUACAUUCGUGGACUCCAUCCUGGGACCACUGACCAAGACCUGGUCAAACUCUGCCAACCAUAUGGAAAGAUUGUGUCCACCAAGGCUAUUCUGGACAAAACUACCAACAAGUGCAAAGGUUAUGGCUUCGUGGAUUUUGACAGUCCUGCAGCAGCACAGAAGGCUGUGACGGCACUCAAGGCCAGUGGAGUUCAAGCUCAGAUGGCAAAGCAACAGGAACAGGACCCUACCAACCUGUACAUCUCUAACCUGCCUGUGUCUAUGGACGAGCAGGAGCUGGAGGCCAUGCUCAAGUCCUUCGGCCAGGUGAUUUCCACUCGGAUCUUACGGGACGCUAACGGGACCAGCAGGGGCGUGGGCUUCGCCAGGAUGGAAUCCACGGAGAAAUGUGAAGCCAUCAUUCAGCAUUUCAAUGGAAAAUAUAUCAAAACCCCACCAGGAGUGCCAGUUCCCACAGAACCGUUGUUGUGUAAGUUUGCUGACGGAGGACAAAAGAAGCGGCAGAACCAGUCAAAGUACCUACAGAACGGGCGACCCUGGCCUAGAGAUGGUGAAACGGGAGGAAUGACGCUCCCAUACGACCCAGCAGCCUUACAGAACGGGUUUUAUUCUCCUCAGUACAGCAUUGCUCCAAACAGAAUGAUUGCCCAGACCUCUCUGUCUCCAUACAUGCCCUCACAAGUACCGUCUUACCAGGUGCACAGCCCGUCCUGGAUGCAUCAUCAGUCGUACCUCAUGCAGCCCACCGGGGCCGUUCUGACUCCAGCUAUGGAUCACCAGAUGUCCAUUCAGCCCACGUCUAUGAUCGGACCCCUGACCCAGCAGCUCAGUCACCUGUCGCUGGGCAGCGCUGGCACGUAUAUACCCAACGCAGCUAUGCAGGGGACGUAUAUCCCUCAGUACACCCCAGUGCCUCCCUCUAGUGUCACAUUAGAGGAAAACAGUGGACAACAGCAGGUUUCCAUGGAGACGCCUUCAGAACACACUAAUUAUUCCUAUCAACACAGCAAAUGAAGCUACGGUCCUCUGGAGGUGCUACACAGUGCUGGGGAUCAUGGGGAUCUCUCUGAGAUUUGGGGAUUACCACAGACAACCAACAGCAGAGGGGAUCCGGAUCACAAAAUGAGCGUGUAUCUUUUGUAGGACAGAAAGGAAAGUCGCUUAGCCAACAGCGGGAGACUGUGCAAAAGAGCUAUCAAUCUUUCAUCUAUUUUGAUAACAAAACAGAAAAAAAAGCAUUAAAAAAAUCAUGAUUUAGAAAAGGGUAAGGAAAAAACGUAUUAUUUUUUUCUUUUUUAAAGAACUACCCUGUUGAAAAAACAUAAACAAAACAAAAACAAACCCUCAUAUGCUGGUAAGGCAUGGUUUGAAGCAUGACAGCUAUUCCUGAGCUGCUUGUGAAACGCUCAUGUGCUGGUCCUGACUAGCUCCUGCUCAUAACCUAAACUAAUGAGCUUAAAACCAGCCCAAACCAGCUGCCAUGUUCAAACCCACACCUAACCAGCACAUGCUGUUUUCUUCAACAGGGUGGAUCAAAAAAGAGAAAGUUUUUUUUUUUAUUGUUUGUAAAAUAUGCAACUUUUUGUUCUUUUUUCUUCGGUCAGCAGCAGUAAGGUGUUUUGUUCCGAUUAAGAUGCAAACAGUGGAUUUUGUUUGUCUUAUAGUUGAAUUUGUUGUUUGAUAUUUAGGUGUUUUGGUGAAGAAACCAUUUAAAGCCACUUCUUUAUGCUGCACCAGUUUAAGAUCCUUCCAAGAAAUAGUGAUCAAAUCACUCUAAUUCAAUCAUCAAUCUCUGUAAGCAACAGACAAUCAUUAACUUAUUAUUUAUUGCAAAGGUUGGUACAUACCAAGGCAAUAUGGCUUUGUCUUUCAAGUUCAUAUGAAUUAUUAAAUGCAGAAAUAGCGAUUAUCUAGUUAUGUGCAUUUUACUUUUAAUUAGUUAUAGAAAUUAAUCAGAAUCUUUGUAAAAAAAAAUAAAAAUAUGAGGGGCAUUUUCAAUCGACUGAUUAGCUGUGAGACAGUUUGUGCCUAUCGUUACAGUGUUCAGGAUCAAUUCAUUUUUAUUUAAAAUUUAAAAAGUAUAAAUAAUUUUAUAGAAAUAAAGAAAUUCUGUAUUCUGUCUUGAUAGGGUUGAUUUAGGUUUUUUUUUUUUUUUUUUUUGGUAUAUAUACAGAAAUGAUACCAAAUAUUUCAGGUUUCUGAAAGCUGUUUUUUGUGUUUAAAUGUGCAUUAUAAUGUACACAGUGUUUCAUACAUGUGCGCUCCAUUGGCCUACAGUACAGGAGUCUAGAGGAAGUGACUUUAAGUGGUUUGUUAGUAUCAAAAAUAGCUCAUAAAAGUGAUGAGAACACAUGACUUGAUGAAGCUGUUCAGUAGCACACUGCUAGAAGUCAGCAUGUUUUAUUUGUGCUGUAGUACAGCAGAUAUGUGUCAGUCUGGUGGGAAGAACUGGUGUUUUGGUAGGCUUUAAAGAAAGAUCCAUCAAACACUUGCAGUAGGAGAAUACAAUCAUGAAAAGAGAAGACAAUCAAGGCAUUUGGUUUUUAUCUGGGCCCGGUUCCCCGAUAAAGCUCACUCUUAGCGUGCUAAGAAGACUCGAAAUAUAUAUCUUACCAAAGUUGUUUAUGUUCCUAAGUGUGUUCCCCGAAGAGUCCCUUAGGAAGCUUCUUAACUCGCUGCCUCUUACGUCCGACGUUACAAGAGCGCUGUCCAAAGUGAAGGUGCUGAAUUAGUUGGCAUCGAUUGCUCAUGAAACGAUUUUCCACUUCACGCGAUGGUGCAAUUCAGCGUUAAGAAAAACAACACACUCUAUGCAAAUGAAACAUUCCUCAAAUUAUUCCAGUAACAUUUAUUUUAACAUAGUUUAAGUUAUCAGUAGAAUAUAGACUAUAAAUUAAAUUAUCAAAUGGUCAGUAAUAUGUUCACACGAUAUGUUGUGACGGUUAGAGGAACCGGGUAUCCCUCGCUAAUCAUCCACCCUCCUUAUCCCGUUGUGCCACUUGUGCCGCUUCUUGACAUGGGUUUAACGAAUUAUAUAAUACACUUUUAUAUUAAUGGUAAGGUACUUUACAAUCAGAAUUGAUUGGCAAGCAGCUGCAGUUACUUCUGUUUACUAUUGUUGCAAUUGGUUUAUGUUUUUAACAAAAAGCAACUUAUCUGCAAUGAACAGAGAGAGAGAGUUAGAUGCAGAAUAUGGUGGGGAAGCAACGUAUAAAAGGGCACCAAGCUUCUCGUCAGGGGAACUUGAAGUUUUGCUGGACCUUGCCACCAAGUCGGAGAUCACACUCCUAUGGUCCACUAUAACCUGCAUAUUUAUGGUCGCGUAUCCCUUUCGCGAUAUUUCCUCCGGAUCAAUCACUGAUGAAUUAGCGAUAGUGAUGAGUGUGCCAUCCACCAGGAUGUAAUCCCCGGCAUGGCGCAGAAGGGCGUUGGUGACAGUGUGGACGCACCUCCACACAGAGGUCUUGAUUAGGCCGUUGCCCUCUCCCACGAACUCGAUAAAUCUCUCUGUAGCAAAAAACAAAAAAAUAACAACGUAGCGCUGGGCUUCAGGGCUUAAAGCAGAAUUCUGCCGCAUUUGCCUGGCAAGCGCGGGUCCGAGAAGGUCCAGCUGCUCCACAAUGAGUUGUCUUGGGAGGCGAUUUUUUUUUUAUAUAGCCACGUCAGGCAAAAUGUCAAAAGGGCUUAAGUUUUGCCGAAUAAAAAAAUUGACAUGGACUAAACGGCUCCGUCUUUGAUUCAACACAAGGACACGUUGGAUCGCUGCUAUGGUCGCUUACUGGACACCACCAUGCUUACCCAUUUAAAGAUCUUAGCCAUUUAGAGCCAAAUUGUUUGCCAGAUUUUAAUUAUCAAACAAUUGAUUUGCCAAUUCGCUUUAAUUACAUUACGAAAAAGCCUAGGCUAAUUACCACCAUUAGUUCUGAUACCACAUAAAGUCAACUUCAUAAAUAGCCCUGUAUCCAUUGCGAACAUAAUUUAUUAUGAGUCUUAAAAAAUAACAUAAAAUCAUUGUUGAGCCACAACAUUGUCAACAAACCAUAGUUUGACUUGUACUUCGCUGCGCUGGUUUCUAAAGACUGCUGUACAGUAGCGUCUUGAGCUCAAAUAACGCUAAGAGAGAGCUAACGAAUGUUCCAGACCAACCUUACGAAAGUGUGACUUACAGAAGAUAUACUUAGAGUACGAACUUGUCGGGAAUCGUGCCAUCAGGUUAAGAGAGAGGUUAAGGAAUAGGUUAAGAACUACUUAGCGAUAAGAAGGUUUUGGGAAACCGGGACCUGGCCUUUAUGUUAUGCAGGUUUUUAUUUUUUAAUUUUAUGGUCAAAAGUCAUUCUUAAAGGUACACUGUAAGUUCCGGCACACUAGUGCAUGUGUCGAGAUUGUUUUCAUUCUUAACUUUCUACAGUGGUUUAUUUUUACUACCAUAUUAACUUUUUUUUAUUUUUAAUAUAGUAUAGUUCACCCAAAAACAAGAAUUUGCUGAAAAUGUACUCACCUCAUGUCAUGUUUUGAGAUGUGUAGCAUUACAUGCAGUGAAUGGGUGUCGUCAGAAUGAGAGUCUAAACAGCCGAUAGAAGUUCACAGUAAUCCACAGCAAUGCAGUCCAUCAGUUCACAUCUGGAGAAGACAGAAGAUGAGUGUUUGUAAGAACCAAAUCCAUCAAGAUAACUAAAAUAUGAGUCCACAAUCCAUAAUAUUUCUUUCUCCAGUUAAAGUCAGGACAGAAAUCUGCACAGAUCAAGCACUGCUCACAAGCGGAAACAGAACAGAACAGCUAGAAACCAAUCUGUGGCUGGAUUUUAAUGUGACAGGAAAACAGGGGAUGGGAUUACUUGUGGAUUAUUGUGAUGUUUGGACGGCACCCAUUCACUGCAGAGCACCCAUUGGAGAGCUGUCCACAUUUCUCCAAAUCUGUUCCCAUGAAGAAUCUGAUCUUCAUCUUAUCUAGCCUGAGGGUGAGUAAAUGUGUUGAGUUUUUAGGAUGUUAAGAUGUUGUAAAACAAGACCAAUACUCUGAUGUUUUGCAGUGUGUUAUGGUGACGUGGCCUCAUCAGGUUGUGUGUUAUCAUGGCUUCGGUUCUGUACAGAAAUAUCUUCGAAAUGGUGCUGGGUUAUACAUGAGACAUGUAUAGCAGGAAAAAAGAUGAAAUGAGCAGACAGGAUAGAGAAGGACAGAAGCAGUUCUUCAGCAAGCGCAGUCGCUUUCUUCCUUCAUGCUGCUGUUGUUCAGUUUUUUAAUAAUUUGUUUUCACUGAUGUGUUUUGUUUUUAUCUUCUAAGUGACAUUAGCUGUAGUUUUGGGGCAAAGCUUUACUUUCUAAAAACUUGUUUUAGGUGAUGAAUUCAUUUGGUUGUGUGUGUUGAUUGCUGUUUGUUUUUAAAUCCCGGAGUCAUAGGAUUUUUUUUGUGUUUGUGUGCAAAGAAAAUACAUUUUCUUGAGUAACUUACAUGUCCUUAUGUCUUUUGCUGUGCUGUUUGUUUUACUUGAAAUGUACUGUCCUGGUCAAUCAUGAUGCACUUCUACAAGAGUUUGAAUAUCCAAAAUGAAACUUUUUGAUAUCAUUGAUUUUCUAAAUCAGUGUUUAAUCACUCACGAGUUGUUUUUGUACACUAAAACAUACCAAUAUAUGCUAUACAUUUCUUUAGAAAGACUUGCUCUUCUAUAGGAUAGAAACACAAGGGCUUAUGCAACACUAAAGACAUGAUGCUGGUGUUAUUUCGUUCAUUUGAGGGCUUCCCCUUAGUGCAUUUUACAUUUUAUGAAUUUAAAGCCAUGAUCUUGAUAGGAAAACUAUUAAAUGGUUUCAUUAAGAGACUUUUUACAUUUUUCUGGAAUGGCAUGAUGUCCAUCCAUAAAAAUACCUGCUAACUACUGGCUACUACCUUUUUGGAUAGUCUGACAUUACAUUCAGAUAAAUAGUGUCAUUGAAACUGAUUAAUACCUCUUCUACAGUUUACCAUCACUCAGGCUGAAAUGGAAACUAAUGGCAGUAAUUGAAAUCUUUGUGAUGCUCUUGUCUUCAGAUUCCCAAAGAGUCAGUUUAUUCUUGCAACCAAAGAUAUCAACGCCACCAAGAUACAACAUGCAUUUAGAGUAUGAAAACAAUCACAGUUGUAUAUUACUAUGUAUAUAUGUGUGUGAGUGUGUGUGUUUGUGAGUGAUUAAGGUCCCAAGUUAGUUCUCUACUGCAAAGAAACGGUUUUCCUGAUUUUGUCACCUUGUUUCCAUUACUUUGGCUUCUCAUCCCUUGCCCACUUUUCCCGUGUGAUUUUAGUGUUGAUGUUUUAAGCUCUGACAAUGCUAUGUCAAAUCUUCUGUCCUACAGAUAUUUCUGAAAUGAUACCAUACAAGUCACAUCAUGAAGGAAAACGGGGUUUAUUUUGGUUAUCAAACUUAUAAAUCACAUCACCUUUAUUAAACAAAACAUUAAACAUGGUUUUGAAACUAUGAAAUGAUGAUAUUUUGAUUUGAAUUCAGAUUUAUUACAUCCAUCUAAACUAUUAUGCAUGAUCAGUAAUUAGUAAGUACAUUUGUAGCUGCUAAUUUUUUUACCAGCUCAUUUCAUAUUUUCAAAAUCUAUUGCUGCUAACAUCAGGUGUUCAAGCUGUUCUCCAGAUGAAGCCAUAAACAACAGAACCAUUAAAAGUUAUCGUAGUGAAGCUAUAAUUCAAAACUGCAGAGUUCAGAGUUUGUUCAAUGUGCCUCAAGAAAUUAAAUUAGUUUAGUUGAAUUGGGACGGUAGACGGUAUCUAGAUCUCUAGAAGUGGGUGGUUGUACAGAAGUCAACACUGUAUGUUUGUGAUGCUGGUGGAUUGUCUCUUGAACAGCUUUUUAAAAACAUUAUUUAUACAAUAAGACAUUUUGUACAGGUAGCUGAAGAAACAGUUUGGUGGUUUGUUGCCUGUUAAUCAGAGCUUUUAGCUGGUAAUUUGUUUUCCUGUGCCACGGUUUCUGAUUUUCUGUUAAGGAAUAUAUUGUUUUGUUUUGUUUUUUUUACAAAAAUGUUCUUGUUUUUGUUUGUGCCUUUUUUAACUGAUCUCUCGAAUUCCCUUUUUUAAUAAAAUCUCGUUUGUA